AGCUGCGCUAUUGUCUAGCAGUUGAGUUAUCUGUGCUCGACAGCGCGCCCAAUUGGCAAGUUCGGUUCUAUAGCUGGUCAAAGGUUCCCUUGAAGAUUUAAGCACAAGUCAAAUUGGAACCAGUUAGGAAAUUAGGAAUAAAUUAAUACGUAAUUUGCAUACACUUAAGCAAGCUUUGGAGCAGCUUGGGAAUGCCGCAGCUGCAAGCUUCAGCAUUGUUUGAGCUUGAAACGAGUUUCUGGCCAAGUUGUAACACCAAUAGACGCAUGUAAAUCAGCCUUGGAGCACGAGCAGCAAAUCUUCUAACGAAUAAGAUUCUGCAGUCUCAAAAUGUGCGGCAAUCCGAACACGCGUCUGCUCUCGCGUCUUAUUAUUGACUUCCUGUUGCUGUUGGGCGUCUAUGGGGCUGCGCUUGUGGUGCUGCCGCAGCAGCUGCAAACCUUUCAGCGCGGCUUCCACUGCAGCGACACCACAUUGCGCUAUCCGUAUCGCCAGCCCUGGCUGACCAAAGUGCAUCUAACUGUUGCGGUAGUGGCGCUGCCCGCUGCGCUGCUGCUGCUCGUCGAACUGCUGCGCGCUGCCUGCGUUCCAGCUGAGGCAGAGCUGAAGCAGCGCUUUGUUUUUGUCGGCGCACGCAUUCCGAGCUUCAUCAGCGAGUGCUACAAGAUCAUUGGCGUUUAUCUCUUUGGACUGGCGCUAACGCUGCUGGUCAUACGCAUCACAAAGAGCAGCACGGGUCGACUGCGUCCGUAUUUCAUGGAGGUAUGCAAGCCCAGCUGGCAGAGCCUGGAGGGCAAGGAGUACUGCUCCACUUUGAGUGCGCUGAAUGCUUCUCAAUAUAUUGAGCAGUACAGCUGCUCGGACUAUGGCGCUUCGUUGGAGCUGCUCUCGCUGGUGCGUCACUCAUUUCCCAGCGGCUAUGUGGCCAGCACUAGCUACGCCAUGUGCUUUCUCAUCUACUACGCCCAGGCGCGUCUCUUUGCGCGCUGGCUGCGCGUUUUCCGCGCCACUUUACAGUUAGCCUGUGGCGCUUUGGCUUUGCUUGUGUCGCUGGAGCGUUUGUCCACCUAUCAAAAUCACAUAUCGGAUGUUGCCGCCGGCAUGGCCUUGGGCGCUUUGCUGGCCAGCUUUAUGGCCAUUUUUGUGGGCCAUUUGUUCAAGGUAGUGCGCGUGAAGCGACGUCAGUGGCCUCGCAAUGAACAAAUCUACGGCUAUGCGGGCUACUACGAUCGACCCACCUACAGUUAUUAGUGAAGAAUUUGCCAUUUAAGCUUAAAUUAGUCAAACACACACACACUUAAGUUCCACACUGCGAUCAGUUGACUUGCUUAGUCGAGUUUCAAACCAAACAAAACAAAUGCUCAAGCUUAGAAUCCACACAGCCAAUGCAAGUUUGCUGACCACAGUCCACACUUAAUACAAAAGUACACUAA